AUGGCUCACCCGGCACAGAACCAGCUGUUCACGCCGCCGGUAGUCUUUGUGGCAGUUCUACCCGCCGGGGCUAUCGCCACCGACGCCGUUGGAAUGGUCGCCCGUUUCCAAUGUAUGUCUUCCGAAGAGAGCAGUAAAAGCGUAAAAUUCCAGGCGGCAGACGAGAAGAUUGUGACGGCAGUUCAGAAUGAUGGACGAUCUUUCAUCAGAUGGAAUAGUCCGAGCAACGGAAACAGACCUGCUAUGGUGGAAACCCGCGACGCUGAAAUGGAGUCCCUACAUGGCCUUGCAAAGCAGAAACUACCCAAGUCGAACCCAAGCCUGGAAGCCGUAUUGCCCAAAAUGUACGCAAAAGACAGCACGUACGCGGACGAUUUAACAUGGGUGAUCGUGUUCACCCCCAUUCAGGCGCGCCGGGCUUUUCCCCACGGCUACACAGACGCUGGCAAUCUCACCAUCCUCGGGGUUCUUGCCAUCUUUCUUCCGUACAAGUGUGGUCGAGACCAGAUUUUGAGAUCUUUCCACUUCGGAUUCUGCGAGGCCGCUAGCGGAAUGCUGGAGUCUCUCGCCAACGGGCAUGACAGAUUCCUCACGGAAGCAUGGGAAGAGCGAAAUUUCAACCCCGUGGCCGGAUAUGGUGCUGCAACGCCAUGGAACGCGGCGGGUGGAAAUCCGAACACCAGCCUGACAGCGGAAAGUAGCUCCACUUCGACAUCGCGUUCCAGCUCAAUGACUUCAGACCGGAACCAAGCCGAUGAACCCGAUGACGAUGGCCCAAAGGGCGACUUUCCAACAGAAGACACCGGGAACGGAAACUCCACCGUUGUUGAUGAUGACACUUUGGAGUAUAUCAAGGCAAGCACAAAAUUGGCCGAAAAGCGUGCGGCGAAACGGGCGAAAAUCCCAGCUGCGGGCACUGGUCGAAACUCCAGCUCGUCCAACUUUCCACCCCUGUCCGGAGCCAGCGAACCCGGCCCGAUCACCUCCCAAUCCAACGAUGUAGUCAAUGCCCCGAAAAGCGUCCAAGUCCUCCGGCAGAUCACCGCCGACCUCGGGAAAAACAACUUGACCCCAGCGGACGCGCCACUGCAGUAUCAACGCAGAGACUAG